AAACCUUUGCAUGAUAAAACAAUCAAAUGACAUGAUUAUAAAAGAUAAUUAUUUUCCUUCUAAAAGAAUAAGACGAUAAAUCGGCGAUAGGAAAAAAAUAUUUUUUAUGAAAAAAGAAAAUCGUUUGUCAAAUGCGUUUUAAACGGGAAUAUAAGUCACGAUAUUCAGUACUAAACAGACAUUGAUAGUAUAUGACGACAUCAAAAAUGAAUAGGAAUGAAUGAGAGGAGUAGCGAAUAAGUGAAAAAGAAUGAAAAUAUUACACGUCGAUUGACAGUAGAAGGUGUCUAUUUUUUGUAAUACAUCAAUGUUAAUGUGCGUAGAGCUCAUCAUUACCAUCAUCAUCAUUGUUAAAAAUUAGUUGCGGGUAUUUGUUUUUUUUUCUGUUUCUUCAAAAGGAAAACACACAAUAAAUCCAUCAAUUUAUUUUCGAACGCGAAAUGUGCUUCAAUUUAAACGAAAAUGCAUGCUAUAUAGAAAACAAAAAAGGGAGAUAUUAAGAGAAAGGGCAACAACAAAAUAACGAAUAGUCAGCGACUGAAGGACCAAAAAUCAAAACAAACAAGUGUGGUAAUCGCUGUAUUAAUGUCUUUUUUUUUUGUACCGUAAAAUAAACAUUCCCAGCAAAUAUCAUCCAAUUGAUUGGAUUUAUCGCGAAUAUCAAAUUGAUUGUGGGUGUAUACGAACAUGUUCAAAAAAUUGAAGGAUAAAAUCGCCGAAGAGGUGAAAUCAUCACCUUCGCGAAUUCAACAGCUUGCUCAAGUUGCACAGGCUGCUGUCAGCUCAGCAUCCAGCACAACAUCGGAAUCGGUUCCAUCGAAUGAUAAUUUUUUCAGCAUUGCCGAAGAAGAUACUCCACAGAAUUCGCCGCAUCGUUCAAAUCUCGGCAAUACAGCCACAGGAGCUAAAGCGAUCAUUAGUCCGAAUUCGAUAUCAAAUUUCCAAAACCAACAUACACCAAACAACGGUAACGUUCCAACGGUACGCGUACGUAAACUAUCCAACUCUUCCAUGGCCAGCGAUGUGUCUUUUCGAUUGCCAUCAUUAGAUACAUCACCAUCAGCCUACAAUAUUCAAUCCGAUAUUGAUGCAUCAGCGAGUGAAUUUGAAGAUAGCGCAUCCACUUUUGGAUACGAAGCACAAUUGGAUGUGAUUAGCAAAGAAAAACUCUAUGACGCUUAUAAGAAAUCACUCGAACGCUAUCAGAAAUAUCGAAGUCGAUAUUCGGAAUUGGUGCGACGCUAUCGAGAUCUUGAGAGGGAUAACAAUAAAGCAAGGUCGGUGCUAGUAGAAACGCAAGAUAAAGCUCUUCGACGGAUUAGUGAGUUGCGUGAACAGUGUUCGUUGGAGCAGCAGGCGAAAGCACACCUCGAAGCGGCGCUGCGAAUGGAAAUGGACGAACAACAAUGUAUCAUUGAUACGCUCAAGACGAAAUUGUCGUUAAACGGCGAAGAAAAUAUUGAAGAGAUUGUUGAAAAUGGAACCAAUAACUUGAUAUCGCUAAACGACGUGAAUGGAAUACAACAACAGUUAAUCAGCGAUAAUAGUUCAGACAAUUUAAUAAACAUCACUGACAGUGCCGAUGAAUUUUCCGAUCUGACGGAAAAAGAAAAUCAAAUCAUUGCUGGUGCUAGUAUUAUGAUUAAUGACUCCAAUGACAAGAUUAAAACUCUCGAGACCCAGCUCAAUGCAAUGAAAAAGCAAAUUUCUGAUGAACAGAACAAAUCGGCGGAAUUGAGUCGAUUAUUGGAAUCAUCACAGAAGCAGGUAAAAGAUUUGAUUAUUCGCGAAGAAGAAAACACCAUUUUACUGGCCCAAAAUAAACUCGCCAUUCACUCGGAGUUGGAAAAUAAGGAAAAAGAAAUGAAAUCAUUAAAAAUUGAUGCCAAACAAUCGGCCAGUGAAAAAGAAUGUCUCAAUGAAAUCGUGACGGAGCUGCGUGAAUUGAAUAGCAAGGCAAAUGUCAGCAUUAAGGAAUUGUCGGAAGCCAAACGUUCGCUCGAGGAAAAAGUCGAUGAAAUGAAAAAGAAUGCAAUUAUCGCUGAAAGUGAUAACAAAGAACUCCGUGCUAAGGUCAUCGUACUGGAUAGUGAAAAACAAAGUAUUUUAGCGAAAAAUGCAUUGGAGUUGGAGAAAUUUAAAGCUCGAUAUGAUUCCCUGAUGAUUAAAAAUGAGCAACUAGAGGAAAUCACACGAACUCGCGUUAUGGAAUGUCACGAAAAAUUGGAAACUGAAUUGAAAACAACGAAGGAAUUGAAUACCAAAUUGAGUCAACAAUUGAGUGAGGAGCAAAAGAGAUCAAAAGAAAUGCUCAGUGAAAAUCGGGAUUCCAUAAAACUAAUGUCAAGCGAUUUUGAUUCCGUAAAGGCCGAUAAAAUGAAGCUUGAAUCACGAUUUAAACAACUAUUCGAGGAGAGAACCAGUGUUACGGCCGAAUUAGAUGCAACGAAACUUCAAUUAACUCAAGCAAACGGUUUAGUCGAAGAAUUAAAAACUCAAGUUGACGUACUAAUGAAGAAACAGGACACGACCAAAGAAAUAGUAGCAAAACUCGAGCGAGAAUUGACGAAUAAAAACGAUUUUAAUGCUGAAAAAGAUGAUUCAAAAUCAGAAGUUAUCGGCUUAACAUCAAAAAUUGAUUCGCUUAAGAGUGAAAAGAAAGAUUUAGAAAAGACAUUGGAGAAGACGCUUCGUGAAAAAUCCGAGCUACAAAAUCAAGUCACAAAUAUUUUACAGGAAAUUGGGCGAUUGGAAGAACAAUUGAAGGAUGUAAAACAAAAGUACUCCGAAUUAGAGCAAGAGAAACGAAUGUUGCAAGAAGAAUCGGCGCAGCAACAUCAUGUUGACUCAAAGGCUGACGAUGAUCGGAUAGAAGCACUUACCACCAAAAUCAAAGAAUUUGAAAUUAAACUCAAAACCAUUGAAUGUGAAAAUUCACAGUUGGCUGAAAAGAAUUGUCUGCUGGAAGAGAGUAAUAAUCGAUUACAAUCGUCGCAAAAGGACUUUGAAGGUGCGUUGAAGAAGGAAAAUGUAAAUAAUCAAAGAUUAAAUGAUCGGAUUUCUGAGCUUACGCUUGAAAUCGAUUCACUGAAGGAAGAAAAUAGCCGAUUGCAAGAUAAAUUGAAAAAAUCACUUGAUGACUAUGCCGAAUUGUUCAAUACAAAAGAGCAAAUGGAUUUAGAGCACCGAUCAUUACUUGAUCAACUUGAGUGCAAAGAAAAGGAGAAAUUAUGUGUAGUCGAUCAGCAAUCAUCACUUGAACAGCAAAAAUCUGAACUCACGAAAACGUGUGGCCAAUUGCGAAUUGAUUUGGAAACGCUACGCAGUGAAAAUAGUUUAUUACAAACGAGUAAAAUUGAACUCGACAGUAAAUGCGCACAAUUAAAUGCGAGAAUAAAUGAUGUCACUAUCGAAAACGAUAAGUUUCAGCAUCAAAAUAAAAGUCUUCAGAGGGAAAUCUGCAUUUUAAAGGAACGAUCGUUCGAAGUUGGCGAAUUGUUGAAUAAGUCAAAUAAUGAAAAAGAGGAUUUAAAGGCGACAGUCAAACGUUUGGCAAAUAUCGAAAGUAGUUCGGAAAGAUAUGAUCAAAUCAAAAUUGAAAAUGAGUAUCUUAACAAAUUGACCAAGCAACUCGAAGGUGAUGUCAAAACAAAAUACGAUGAAGUCGUGACAAUAAACAAUGAACUAGUCGAAUUGAAGGGAAAAUUAAAGUCACAACAAUGUGAAUUGUAUGUAUUGACCGAAGAGAAGCGUGACUAUACUAAAGUAUUUGACGAAAAGGAUAAGGAAAUCGAGCAAUUAAAAUCAAUUUGUCAAAGAUCGCAGGUAUUUUCUGAAGAACUUCAAAAUGAAAUCAAGCAGCUAACAGAGCAAUUGAACACAUUGAAAUUCAUGAACGAUGAACUUCAAACCACCAAAGAUUCCCUUGAAUCCAAAUACGAGAAAGUGUACACCGAAUUUGAAGCGUCUAAACAAUCGCUUGAUCAGCACAUUUAUGAAAAUAAAAAACAACACGAAGAAAACAAGACGAUCAAAUCGGGAUUGGACGAAAAGGUAAUGGAGUUAUCGCAAGCAGAGGAAAAAUUAGUAAAUUCACAGAAGGAAUUGGAAUCCUGUCGAGCAAUAAUCAGUGAUCUCAACGCUGACCUCAAUGAUCAGUCGGAAAAGCUUGAAACUAAUAAAAACGAAACUGUCGCAUUGCAAGAUAAAAUCAAUGAGUUGGAAGCAAAAAUCAAUUCAACUCCAUCGAUUGACGAUGCUGAAGAAACAAAACGAUCAUACGAGAAUCUAAAGUACGAAUUGGCUGAAACAAAACGCAAAAAUCAACGGGAUAUUGCCGAACUGUUACAUGAGAUUGAUGAAUUAAAAGAAAAUAUCGAGGCAUAUCGAGAAAAGCAAUCCGAAUUAAAGGCAACCAAUGAGAUUUUAACGCACCAGUUAACUGAAGUUAUAGAACAACAGCAGCAACAAGAUAAAAGCAUGGCAAAGUUCGAUGAAUACCAAGCGGAAAGUGCAUUUUCACCCGAAAAUAAUUCGAACGAAGAAAGCAGUGAUUCAGACACCGAAUUGUCGACUGUUGAACGGUUGAAAAAAGAAAAAAUCGAUUUAGAGCAACAAAUGAACAAAAUCCUUAGCGAGGUGCAAGAUGUGUCAAAUCGUAAUCUAUUUUUAGAACAACAAUGCGAAAAUUAUCUCAUUUUGGAACAACAUAAUGAACGACUCAAGCUCCAAAAUAACAAACUAUCACGGCAAUUGGAUGAAACUCUUGUUUCAAUGCAUCAUUCAGAUGACAUUUCGGCUAAUACCGAAUUCGAGUAUUUGAAAAACAUCAUGUUUCAGGUAAAAAAAUAUUUGACCAUUGAACUUGAAAAAUAUUAUAUUUUUUCCCGCUUGACUUUAAUCUGGGCAUAUUUUCAGUAUCUAACCAACAAUAUCAAUUCGAAUGGCACUACACUUAUAAAAGUGAUUGCUGCAGUUUUAAAAUUUACGCCGCAACAAACACAAGUUGUUUUAGAGAAGGAAGCACAUCGAAAAACAUUGGUAAAUUAUUCCAUUCAGUUAAAUGUUCAUUUAUUGUAUUAUUAAUUUUCUCUUUUUUAAUUUUUCCAUCAAAAAUUCCAAUCAAUGCAAAAAUAAACCAAUUUUAUUUUCAGUUAUACGAAAAAAUAUUUCAAACAUUUUUAUUUUCUUUUUCAGGUGGGUCAAAUAAACAAUCUCUUGUAACAAAAUUUCGAGAAUAUCAAAGAACAUUAUUUAUUGUGAUGCAAAAAAAAAAUUAUUAUUUAAAAAUAAAACAAUUAUUAGUGCAAA